AUUCGUUUUCACAUACAGGUAACCAGUACUUAUUGACAAGUGCCCGUCUUUUGAUUGGCUGAAGUCAUUUUAUUGCAUGGUGUCAAACUUGUGUGGUCGGCUAACGUAAACACAGGUUUCUAACAUUUGGAUUUAACAGUUUUAGAAUUGAAACGAUAGUAAGAUGUCACUUUUUGGAUUAGGGCACACUAGCUACAGUCUUAAGGAACUUCUAGAAAACCCUGUUCUCCAAAAUCCGCCACAAUUUAAUAAAGAUGGAGGAAGUUUCAAGCCAAAGGAUAAGGGUAGUAUGUCACCUACAUUUGACCCAACGUCAGCUUUUCUGGGUCCAAAUUUAUGGAGCAGUGCUGACUACACUGAUGGGGACAUAAGUUUAGAGUAUAUGGACUUAGAUGAGUUUUUAUCUGAGAACGGCAUCCCUGUAGAUCUCAAUGAGGCCUCUAAUGGAAGCAGUAAGUCUAAAGACAGCCAAGUCUCUUCUCCCAAGGAGUCAGACUGUGCACCUACAUCCACAGUCAAUAUCAAGGAAAUUCAAAGUCCUCAAGAAGAUGACAUGGAGGAUUCAGAUUCAGAUGAUGAAUCUUGUGAAGAAGAGAAAAAGAAAGAUGUUGUAGAAAGUGGUUGUCCGUUAGAUAUAAACAUUGAAUUCAAUGUCGCUGAACAAGAUGUGAUCUUAUCAACGGUACCAGUCAUACAGAAUAGUGAAAGGCGUUCCCCUGUAGUAGAAAUAGAUUUUAGCGUUGAGGAGGGGGAACAAGAAUUGGUCAAUGUCCCAGGAGAAGAAACAUUUAAUCCAAAAGAAAGAAAAUUUUCAGAAGAUGAACUUAAACCACAGCCAAUGAUUAAGAAAUCAAGAAAGGUAUUUGUUCCUGAUGAACAAAAAGACGACAAAUAUUGGUGUCGAAGGAAGAAGAACAAUGUAGCUGCAAAACGCUCAAGAGAUGCACGACGCGUGAAGGAAAAUCAAAUAGCUAUGCGAGCAUCUUACCUAGAGAAAUGUAAUAAUACACUGACAGCAGAAGUUCAAAAACUCAAGAAAGAAAACGCACAGUUAAAGAAGUCUCUAGAAGAUGCCCAGAAAAAAUUGAAUUCCACAUCAUGAGAACUGUUUAAUACAUUGAUCAUAACCUGCAGCAGACAUUAUCAUGGUUAAUAUUUCAAUGGGCAUUCCUAUUCAAUGGUUUAUUUUGUAUAAUGAACAGAUUGUAAAAUAGGUUAACAAUACUAAGGCCAACAAAAUAUAUAUUCUGUUCCCUGCCCACAGUCAUUAAAAACACUGUAGCUAUAGGUCGUAAUUUCUUUUACAUAAUCUUUGGGCUCAUGAGUCAAAAGUCUACUCAAUUGACUCGAAAGUUAUUUUUUAAAUGUUUAUAAAAUCUUUAGAGGUCUUGAGAUUAACCUCAGAUUAGUUGAGAGGCAGGAAAAAGAUCUAUAUAUUUUAUUUGGCCUAAAAGCUAGUAAAGGUUAACAACCUUGAACUUGUUCCUUUCACCUUAAGUCAUUAUUGACAUUUUUGAAAAAGAGGCCAGUCUAAGUUUUACUUUUUUUCAGUACAUAAUUGUCGUCCACGGAUAUUCAAUAUUUCACUUUAGGCUGUUUAAUAGGGCUUUGUUAACUUUGCUUUAAAAAUCUGACUCCUUCUUAGCAGUUUUACAUUUUUUUCAUCUAUUUUAUCAUGAAAUUAGGGAAAAUUUGAUAGUUAAAAUCUAUUUACCAAAACUUUUAUGGAGUAUAUUGUAUAAAUGUAAUGUAUUGUGAAUUUAUAAGUUAGCGUUAUGCUUGUAAAGUAACUUGGUUCAUAUUACAUUCUUUAAAGGUACUUUUUGACAGAAGUUAGUGAACUGUUCGUAAUUACACUUUGUUCAAACCUAAUAAUUGAAAGGUUAUGUAUUUGUAAUAAAUAAUAAACAAUCCUAUAAAACCAUAAAUUUCAAGUUGAAUUUUCAAAUAUAUGGUAUACAGCUAUUUUUUUUCCUUUUGAAAUUUUUUACCAAAAAGGAAGUUAAACAGUAGGUUUUUUUCUUUACAAGAUUUGAUCGAAUCAUUUACAAAUUAUGAAAUAAAAGUGUCAUUUCAUUUCUUGUAUUAUGGAAUAGAAAGUUGACAUGUACAUGAUAUAUUAUACGGGUAUUUUUUUUUUAUUUUUACAUUUCAAAAUCAUGGACAUCUAGAUUUAUUUAGAAAUUUUUUAUCGAGUUAUAUUUUAUCCCUCAGUUUAAGGAUAUCUUAUAUUUUAAAUAGAUUCUGUCAGGUUUUUUUUUCAUUUAUUCUUUUGGUAUUUGUAGGUGACCAAAAAAGAUACUAAAACAUGGAGAUUUAUCUAUUGAAAGUAUAAGAAAGUAUCCUAAAUUUUUAACAAAGAAUAUUAAAUGUUUAAUUGUAUAUAAAAUAAUCUAUUUGUCUAUAUUUUCAUUGAUGUAAAAUAUUUAUGUUUCAUUAUUUUUUGUCUCAUUUUCAUCAUGUCAUCAUUGUAAUCUUUUUAUUUCAUAACAUAAUGUUCAUUUUAUUUCUGUCUAACACAAUGUUUUCAUUCUUUAUUACUAUUGUCUAUGGUUUUAAUUAUGAACUCUUAUCAGAAAAGAAAAUAAUAUUAAAAAGUUAAUUUGAAAAUUCGUAUAAUGGUUUGUUCUAAAGAUAGAAUAGGAGAAUCUGUAUAGCUUUGUGUUCUGAGAACAUGAAUGUUUAAUUACGAUUCUUAAAAAAAAUCAGAAAUGUUUAGUGGUAGUUAUAUAUAUAAUUGAUCUUUUGAAGAAAAAUUGAAAAUUCUUUUUUUGAAAAUAAAGAAAAAAAAAUAUAAAAAAAAAUAUAAAAAAUAAAUAAAAAAAAAAAAUAUAAAAAAUUACAAAUGAUGAAAAAAAAAGAAAAAAAAAAGAAAUAAAUAUGUAAAAAAGUUAGAAAGCAAGUGAUCAUUUGACAGGUAAAGCAUGUUAUUAUCUUAGCUAGUAAGUAGAAGACAGGUUUUCAGACUGUUUGUGAUGUAUAGAAAACAAAUUUAAAUUUGUUUUAGACUUGGACUAUUCAGAGCCUUUGAACAUUGUAAUCUCAUGUCUUAAUUAGAUUGGACUGUUUUCAAGUAACACAAGUCUGAAUACAGACUGGGUAAUAAACUUGUUCAGAUAUGCUGUUGCAUUAUGGGAAGGCUAUUGUUGUUUUAACAGUUCAGACAUCAUUAACAAGGAUGUUGAGAUGAUGAAAUGUAAGACAAAUGGUCCAAAGUGGAUUUACAAGUUUUCAGUGAUAGUUGUAAGUAGAAUGGUGUGGAAUUUUGAAAUAACAUCAAGCAAAAUUUGUUUCACAUUAAAAGACAAAGGACAAAAAUUGAAAGAACAAACUUUGAAAAAGUGAUAAUGAAUAAGAAACUCUUAUAUACAUUAAACUAGACGGAAAAAGGACAAAUCAUAAGUUGGAUCAAAACUUGCAGAAAUUAAAAAAAAAUAAUUAAAUAUUGCCACAUGUGUUUCUUCUGUACAUAUAUAUAUAUAUAUAUAUACAUAGGAUGAUGUGUACUUUAAGCCAUAUAUAAGUAACAAAAUUUUAUAUGUGAUAGAACAUGUUUCACAUUUAUUAUAAAAGACUGAUAAAAUCUUUCUCUCUCAGGUAUGGAUGACAUCCAGCAAAAAAAGUCAUUAUUUUAUUCAUUUUAUUAAUAUAUAAAGUUUAGAUAAAAAUCAGUGUAGUAUUGAUUAUAUUUUGUCAGUGUGACAUGGAUUUCGGAGUCUAAACUUUCAAUAUUUAGAAACUGUUACAGUAAAAGGUGUAUUUCUGAAAAGUCUUAUUCUUUACCACAAAGAACUCAAUGUAAAUUCUGUUUAAAACAUAAUUGUUAUGUAUUGUUAAGUUUUAAUAAUUGUAUCUCCUAACUAUUGGCAUUGUUAGUACAUGUUAAUAAAUUUGUUUUUUACUAUUUA